UAUGAUGAUGUUCUUGAUGUUCUAUCAUGCAACAUGGUAAGACUUGCAAGCACAAUCAAAUCUAUGCUUCUUAUCUUUGACUAUAAUUAAUGAAUAUGCAUAACCUAAAUAUUCAUGUAUAUACAGAGAGAUUGUGCUGUCAAAGCCAUAGUGUUGGAGUUACCUAAGCGGACAGAGAUAUGUAUUGGUCCCGAUGCUUUUACUAAACCGAGAAAGUUGAAAUUGCUUAUCUUGCGCAAUGUUUCUUUCCAAGGUCCUGUAUGUCUUCCUAAUCAGCUAAGAUAUUUGGAAUGGGCUGGAUGCAUUCCCUGGAUUCCAGAAUUUUCCUCUGGUCCAAAUAAAUUAGUGGUACUUGAUGUCAGCGGAGGCAGAAUGCUGGGAGAGCCAAAACAAUUUGAGUUUUCGCAGGGCUUCCAAAACUUGAAGUACAUCAGUUUCUAUGAAUGCGGCUUGCUGGUUUGUACACCCAACUUGUCCUGUACUCCAAAUCUGAUGGAGUUGGAGAUCCAGUCUUGCGACAACUUGGAAGUAGUACAUGAGUCGAUUGCAAAUCAUGACAAGUUACAGGUGGUGGAUAUAAAUGAUUGCCCUAAACUUCAUUAUUUUCCAAUUCUCCAUUCAAAAACUCUCCAAGCUCUCCGUAUUGAAGAAUGCGAAUAUUUUGAAAGGUUCCCGGAUAUUCCACAUGAACUCGAAGGCCUAAAAGAGCUUUGUUUUAGAUAUACUGCAAUCGAAGAAGUUCCUACAUCAAUAGAAUAUCUUGUCUCUUUGAGGAGAAUGUGCUUAGGUGGUUGCGACAGGCUGAUAAGCCUUUCGUCUAGCAUUUACAAGUUACAAAACUUAGAAGAAUUGGAACUUAACGAGUGCAAAAAGCUAACCACCUUCCCCAAGUACGAUUAUUCAGCUGAUUCAGGCAUGAAGACCGGACUUCCAAAAUUACGCAAAUUAGACUUUAGGUAUUGUAGUCUAUUCGAAGUCGAGUUUCUUGAGAAUCUUUUCUGUGUUCCCCUUUUAGAAAGUUUAGAGCUGCAUGGGAACGAAAUUACCAGCCUUCCUACGUCCAUCCACAAGCGUGAUCAUUUGUCCACAUUGAUAGUUUCAUGGUGCGAUGGAUUACGAGAGAUUCCGAAGCUUCCACCAUAUGUUAUUUUGUUUGACGCGCAAAAUCACCAUUCUCUGAAGAAUACUGAUCAUUUGACUUCAUUGAAUGAUUUUGUCUGUAGAGGGUUGGCCAUGGCUGAUAUUUCCUCGCAGGUUAGACUCUCUCUCUCUCUCUCUCUCUCUCUCUCAUCAUUGUGGAGUUGGAAAACUUAAGAAAAUGCAACAUCGAAGGCUUAAGGAAAAUCAAACAAAUAUUAGGGGAUUCUGCACUCAUAAUGCAUGUAACGGAGGUGUCUACUGUAGUACUUUUAUGGGAAUAAUUUAUAUCGCAUGAGACUUGUAUAUGAAUUCAAGUGAGAAUCAUUGGAUCUCUACUGAUUUAUAGAGCUGUAGUAGGAAGUGGAAUUCACUACUAUUACUUACUAAACUCAAAUUGAAUUCUUCUAUUCGGAUACAAAUAACAAAUUUGGGUGCUUUCUAAUAGUCUACCUUUAUAACAGGAGAGGCCCGAGUGCUCUAUUAUUAUUCCCGGAUGCCGGAUGCCAGAGUGGAUCCUCCCCGUUGAAGGGGAUUCAAUAUCUUUUAUGGCUUCAGAGGAUUUGUAUCAUAAGUUUCUUGGAUUAAGUCUCUGUAUUGUUGUUCAUGGAUAUAGACAGGGGCCCAAUCUCUUGGAGAUUGAAAAACAUGUUAAUGGCCAAAGUCGGGGUUCCCAACGACAGGGUUUGUUGUCUAAUGGAAUAGAUCAUGUU